AUGGAUUCAGACGACGAAGAUUCUUCGACCCCCAUCUCGCAUUAUGGGAUGCAAGAGUCUAGAAAACGUCUUGAAGAGGUUGGAUUUCAUCCGAGUGUCACACCAAUGACGCCUCAGGAGAUUGAGAGAGAAGCCAUAGCAUAUUUGAGCGGCCAGGUUGAACGAGAAUCGCGGAAAGAUUUCUAUGAGUCUCAAAAACUUCGACUCGGCUCAAAAAAAUUCAAGAAGAGCAACAACAAGAAUGGCAGCAAGGAGCAUGGCAAAGCUCGUGACAAAGCUCGUGACAAUGAUCGUGGCAAAGGUCUCGAUAAACGCCGUAUUGUUCUCACUCAGGGCCCCUGGUUCAACACUAGGAAAUUCAAAAAUGCCAUCAAGGGAAUGGAGUCAGUCGGACACGGUGGUAAUACAUCGGGUAUUGUAGCUGUAUUGCAGCAUGCUCACGCAGGACCAAUGAUCUUGGACGAAAUCUUCAAAGAUGGCCACAUAUCCGCGAUGAAUCUAUCCAAGGCUUCUGGCAAGGUCUUCGGGCUAGUAGGCUCCAACGUGAAACGGUGGGACUUCACAGCAGCAAAAUAUAUUAUCGAUCCUCCGUCAUCUGUUAUGGUCGUCAUGGUUCCGAAAUAUACCGUUGGGGAUAUACGAGAAGCUGAGAAGAAAUAUCCCCUCAUGAUCCAUCCUGAGGAUUGGAACAAUGAGCGUCGAAGGCUAGAAUUCGAGGGUCAUCCUGAUAUGUACAAAAUCCGAUCAAUUGAGGUGGAACAUGUCUACUUCAGAUGGGCAAGAGUCUGGAGAGAAACUUGCCAGCGGGCCGCCGGACCUUAUUGGGCGUCGGAAUGUGAGGAAAUUGACCCACGAACUGACGAGGGAGCCAUCGAGUGGUGGAAAGGAAAUCACCGUGCCAUAAAUGUCAUGGGCUCACUAAAGCCACUCGAUGAGAUGUGGUCAGCUAAUCAGCUUGAGGGGACUAGCUACAAACCUCAUGUGAUGCCUUACACGUUGGCUAUGGAUAGCCUUCUAAAAUUGAUGUUUGAACUGUUCAGUGCUCGAGCGCACAUUCGAGUGCUGCAUUUGCACGACGUGCCAUUCCUUGACCGUCGGGUGCUCGCAAUAAUUCUCCGAGGGCUACCCCAUGUUGUCAUGGUGGGCGUUUAUAACUGUCCUCUUAUUCAUUUCGGCGAUGUGAUCCCCAUCCUAGAUCUCCUUCAUGAGAUCAACACUCAACGGCGCGACCAUAAUGUGCCCGAGAUUCAAGACUUCGAUUUCUUUCCGCAUUUUAAUCAGGGGAUGCCAUAUGAGUACGAGAAUGCAGCUACGUACGGCGUGUCAUGGAGCCCGUUGCCGAUGGACAUAGCCCAGCGAGGCAUCUAUGCCAUCAUUCUCAAGGCUCUCAUGAAAUCGAAGGCAAUGGGCAUCGGCCUGCUUUUUUCGCCAGCUCACGCGUUCAUAAAGUAUUUGACCAAGAUUCCAAACACUCCGUUGGGAAUUUUCGGCUUCUUAGAUGCUAUUUAUCGAUAUCUGGAGGUGAAGAAAGACGACCCCGCCCGCAGCAAUCUGAAGCUACAAGCAAUAUAUGACCUCGUUAAGCCCAUCCGACUGGCCUUGAAUGAAAAUUUGGCGGAUGACUGGCCGAAAUAUUACACGAAGCGGAUGGCAAAAACCCUACUUUGUUGUUCCUCGUGUGGAUACGAAACAUUGGAAGAGUUUUUCCCAGCUGGUUCGAAGAAUCGUCUGCCACGACACCGACGAAUUUGCGGCGGAUGCCACUUGCAGCUAUAUCUUGACGAAGAAUGCGACCAUUGGAAAAUGCAGAAGAAACGGUUGAUAGACAAGCUAUGUCCUGACUGGAAUCGAGAGGCCUUCAAUGAGGACGCGCCGCUCUUUGAAGAUGGAGCAGGACUGAUUCGUCUUAAGUCCACGGAAACAGAGCGUCCAUUGCCCCAGUUCCUAACCUUCGUUGUCGAUGGAUUGCUCCGGGUAUCUCCCUAUUACGAGCCAUUGAUGCGAGACAAUAAGAUCCAGUUUGACUCGCUGGCUGGCCUGCCUAGUCUUCAAGAUGUCGCCGAAGACUCGGAGACUAUGCAACGGUGGUAUUCUGUGGUUGUUCUAGCUCUUCGAGAGGAUGUCUUUCGUCGUGGUAUCCACGAACUUCGAAAUCAGUACCGCACAGGCAACAAGAGAAAGAGGAUUCCCGCAUUUGGCUCUACGCGAAUGGAUGGUGGAGCGCCAGAUCAUCAAGAUGAGCUUCAACCGAAGAAAACUGAUGAUGGAAAGAAGUGCUUUUAUGACCAAAAGGCGGCUUUGAAGGCGGCGCAAUGGAUGGUCAAACGGAAAUGGUGA